UACUAAUUUCCAACACACCGCCCAAUAUUCAUAUUCAUAACAUUAAUAAAAUAAACUCUUCUUCUGUUUUCUCUAUAAAUACAAACACAAAACUUAACCAAAGAAAAGAAGAGUGCUAGAAAGUAGAAAGCAAUUAGAAGAGCAGGGGCGAUUUGAAAACUAAGAACACGUAUAUUAGGCAUGGCAAGGAACUUGGUGUUGGUGGUUGCAAUAGUAGCCACGCUUCUCCAUGGCUCAGCAGCUACAAGUCACGUGGUCGGAGACUCCACUGGAUGGACCAUCCCCUCCGGCGGCGCCUCCACCUACACCAGUUGGGCUUCUAAACAAACCUUCAAGCAAGGAGACACCCUUGUGUUCAAUUUCGCCAACGGUCAACACGACGUUGCAAAGGUGACAAAAUCAGCAUACGAUGCAUGCAACGGUACAAAUGCCAUUACCACCGUAACAACCAGCCCAGCCACCAUCACGCUCAACCAGACUGGCGAGCAUUACUUCAUAUGCGCCUUUACUGGUCACUGCGCCGCCGGUCAGAAGCUCGCAGUUAACGUCACCAAGGCUUCUUCUCCUUCCCCUGCUCCUCAGCCUAGCUCUUCACCCAAGGCGGCUAGCCCUACCCCUGCCCCAAAAUCAAGCUCCCCUGCCCCCACUCCGGCUUCCGCUCCAGCUUCCGCUCCGGUGACUUACACCGUUGGAGGCAGCUCAGGAUGGAUCAUUCCUACUAACGGCGGCGCUUCUUUCUACACUUCUUGGGCUUCCGGCAAGACCUUCAAAGUUGGAGACAUUCUAGUGUUCAACUUCGCAAAGAACCAACACAACGUGGAGGAGGUAACAAAGAACAACUACGAUGCAUGCGGUACGAGUUCUCCGAUCGCAACCUACAACGCUUCACCGGUCAGAGUCACCCUUAACAAGACCGGUGAACACUACUUCAUCUGUGGAUUUUCCGGCCACUGUGCCGCUGGUCAGAAGCUUGCCAUCAACGUUACCGGUGGCACUGGCAGCACCCCCUCUUCUCCUUCCCCCUCCCCCUCCCCCUCCGGCUCCGAGACUCCUUCGCCGGGUUCUUCACCAUCCAACCCUUCUUCUCCCUCUCCGGCAGGUAGUUCCGGUGGUAGCACUAGCCCACCACCAAAGGACUCCGGUGCUUCGUCUCUCAAAGCUUUCGGGUUCUCUGCCACUCUGAUCUCACUAGUUGCUGCAGCAUUUUUCUGUUAGAGAUGAUGAAGAACAGAGAUUGAUGUUAUCGUUAUAGUUCCGAAUUCUGAUUGUUUUUGUUCUCUCAUCGUGUUUCAUAGAUUCAGUUCUUUUUCUUUUUUUGCAGUUAGAGCAUUUUACAAUAAAGUUAGCUUUCCAUUCAUUGCUGGCUACAGUUUUUGAUUGAGUGAGAGAGAGUGAUUAUUGUUAAUCACACUUAGUAAAUAUCACUGUAUUUUUGUGUUAUCAUAUUUAUUUUGAUUAUAUUCUUUAUGGGA